AUGUGUUACCCUGCGGUGAAUUCCACCCCGGUGGGCCCCUCAUCUGGUGAUUCCAGCAAGGAUUCACAAGCCAGGGAGCAACAGGUGUCCUUAUCUCCAACAGUCAAAACUACUGAAGAGGGUAUUGAAGUUAGUAUGGGGGGAGCUGUUCUGGCUCAGAUUGCGGGUGGUGUCGGAGGGGUGUAUCACUCUCCGCUCACGGCUGAGCUCUUUGUUGCGAGCCCGGCUGCGCACGCAGCGGUUGAGUAUGCUCUCAAAACCCGUCUUGCUCAGAUAGCUGUCGAUGUUCGUUCCAUGAAGGAGGACUUGGCGGUUCUACAGGCAGACCGAAAGCAGCUGGCUGCUUUACAGAUUGUUGCUGGCAGACCUCCAGCGCCCUGUUGGACUGGAGCAAUGACUUCUCCGGAUACAAGGCCGUAG